ACUGCCCCUGAGAUGGGCUUCAGCCUUGGCGGGCUUUGUGUGGGGCGCUGCCAAGGUGGGAUCUAUUUCUAAUUUGCACUUCCGGUCUCGCUGUCGCCGGCCAGCCUGUGGCCUCAUCACUUGGACGUCACACGAGGACUCCCAGACACCUCAGAACGUGUCUCCAGACCAGGAACCCAGAGACCCCGGAACGGGACACUGCGGAACCCGAAGACCCGGGAACCCGGACUCCCCCGGAACGGGACACCGCGGAAACAAUUCGUUCCGGAAUCCGGACACGGUCUUGCUGUAUGGAAACCUUACCUGGUCUCAUUGCUGGAGCAGAGAAAGGCGCCUUGGAAUGUGAAGAGACAAGAGUCAGGAACCAUGUACCCAGAAAAUCUCUGUGACUGUAAUGACUCUGCAAAGGCCUUUGAUCAACACACCAAACACAUCCAUCAGUGUGUGCAUACUGAAGAGAAGCCAUACAAACAGGAAGACUGUGACAAAGCGUUGACUGAUGAUUCAGCUUCUGAUGGGUGUCACAGGGUACAUAAAGGAGAUUUGCCCUACAGAUGUAAAGAUUGUGGGAAAGCCUUUAAAUACCGCUCAAUCCUCCACCAGCACCACAUAAUCCAUACUGCUGCAAGACCCUAUAAAUGUCAAGAGUGUGGGAAAGCCUUCAAGAGAAGUAGAAACCUCACACAACACCAGAUGACUCAUAAGAGAGAGAAACCCUACAAGUGUAAAGAAUGUGGCAAAGCCUUUACUACACAUUCUGUACUUACCCAACACCAAAUAGUUCACACUGGAGAGGAACCCUACAAAUGUAAAGACUGUGGGAAAGCCUUUAAAUAUAAUUCCACCCUGACUCAGCAUGAGGUCAUUCAUACUGAAGCAAAACCCUACAAAUGUCAGGAGUGUGGUAAAGCCUUCAAGAGAAGUCACUCCUUGAGUCAACACCAGAUAAUUCAUAAAGGAGAGAAACCAUACCAGUGUAAAGAGUGUGGCAAGGCCUUUAGUAAACAGUCAUCUCUUACUCAACACCAAGUAAUUCACACCGGAGAGAAACCCUAUCAAUGUAAAGAGUGUGGGAAAGCCUUCACACAUCAGUCAACCCUGACUCGACACCAAGUUGUUCACACUGGGGCAAAGCCCUACCAGUGUGAAGAGUGUGGCAAAGCCUUCAACAACAGCUCAACCCUCACUCGACACCAGAUCAUUCACACGGGGGAGAAACCCUACAAAUGUCAUGAGUGUGGCCGAGCCUUUUACUGUUCCUCAUUCUUGAUCCAGCAUAUGAAAAUCCAUUUUGAAGAGAUGCCCUAUAGAUGCAAAGAGUGUGGUAAACCCUUUAGACUCUCCUCACAGCUGAUUCGACACCAGAGAAUCCACACUGGAGAGGAACCUUACAUAUGUAAAGAGUGUGGCAAAACCUUCAAAUACCACUCAAACCUGACUCGACACCAAAUACUCCAUACGGGAGCAAAGCCUUACCAGUGUGAAGAGUGUGGCAAAGCCUUCAACAGUAGCUCAACCCUCACUCGACACCAGAUCAUUCACACAGGAGAGAGACCCUACAAAUGCCAUGAGUGUGGCCGAGCCUUUUACUGUUCCUCGUAUUUGAUCCAGCAUAUGAAAAUCCAUUUUGAAGAGAUGCCCUAUAGAUGUAAAGAGUGUGGUAAACCCUUUAAGUGUUCUUCGCAGCUGAUUCGACACCAGAGAAUUCAUAGUGGAGAGAAACCCUAUAUAUGUAAGGAAUGUGGUAAAGCCUUCAACUGUACUUCAUACCUUACUAAGCAUCAGAGAAUCCAUACUGGAGAGAAACCCUAUGUAUGUAAAGAGUGUGGCAAAGCCUUUAAUUGUUCUUCCUAUCUUUCUAAACAUCAGAGAAUUCAUUUUGGAGACAGACUCUAUAAAUGUAAAGAAUGUGGCAAAGCCUAUUACUUUUCUUCACAGCUUAACCGACAUCAGAGAAUUCAUACCGGAGAGAAACCCUACAUAUGUAAAGAAUGCGGCAAAGCCUUCAACUGUUCUUCAUAUCUUAAUAAGCAUCAGAGAAUCCAUAUUGUAGAAAAACCCUAUGUGUGUAAAGAGUGUGGCAAAGCAUUUAACUGUCCUUCAUACCUUAAAAAACACCAGAGAAUUCAUACUGGAGAUAAGUUUUACAAAUGUAAAGAGUGUGGCAAAGCCUAUUACUUUUCCUCACAGCUUAAUCAGCACCAGAGAAUUCAUACCAGAGAGAAACCCUAUCGGUGUAAAGAGUGCAGCAAAGCCUUCAUUACUUCUUCCAGCCUGAGGCGGCACCAGGAAACUCAUUUGCUGGUGAAACCCAGCAGUGUGUAGAAUUUGGCAAAGCCUCAAUAGCAACAUAUUUGUCACUAGGUAUUUCACAAAGGAGAAAAACCCUAGACAUGCAGUCCAAGACUUUAACAACUGCUGAAAUGUUACACCAGAAGGCUCGUACAUGAGGAAGACACGACAAGUGUGAGGAGUGUGGGGAGACCUUUAACAGGUGUGUAGCAGUUAUUCCACACUAAACGAUCCACAGUGGAGAGCAGCUUACAGAUGUGCUAAUGUGGCCUGGCCCUUGACCACAGCUCUUCCUUAUUGGACAGUAACAAAUUCAUGUUGGAAAGAGCACUGUCCUAUGUGUCACCCUCAGAAGAGUCUAAUACUAUACUGUAAAUCCCCUCAUAAAAUAACCAAUUUAACAAAGCUUUCACUAAUACCUCAAAUCUAAAAAGACAGCCCAUACCUCAAUAAAUCUUGAACUAGCACAGAAGAGAAAUCUUAUGAAUAUCUAGAUUGUGGUGAAAUUUUGAACUUCUGCUUAUCAUUAUUGAAGUGGAAAGAAAUAUAUCACAUGUGUCAGAGUUAUUUGAACUCAUCUUCGAAAAGAUGGAAUUUGUUAUACAUUCAAAUAUACUAAAUAACUUCACUGAUAAAAUCUGUGCAAGGCUCGGCCUCAUGCCAUCUUAGCAGAAGAGUAAGACUGCUUUCUGAGAAGUUUUAAACUCUUUUCUCCAGAGAGCAAAUAAUGGAUUUUGAAAAACUGUAUAUUCUGUAUAAACUUUAUUUUAGUACACACAUGGAGUAGUAGAUGGUUCUUGUUGUCUCUGAUGUGUAUUGCUUCACAUGUUAUUUUGUUACAGAGAGUAGAUCACCAUACUGAUCUACUCUUAUGUACAGUAAUAUCUUAUUGACCUUACUGUUACGAACAUAACAGCUCUUAGUAAUAUUUUGUUGAGGAAUAGUGAAUGACUGCUAAUUCUUUUUUAUUUUAUUUUAUUAAAAUUUCUAUUCAUUUUAUAU